CAAAACCACCAAAACAAUGGAAGUAAUUAUCCAAGAAACUACCACCCUAUACCCUUCCAACCCUCCCUUCAACCACCCCCACACCCUCCCUCUCUCUCACCUCGACACCGAUCUCAACCUCCAUGUCACCUUCCGCUACUUCCGUGUCUAUGCUAAUCAAUCUCAACACCAACCCGACCCAUUUAACGUUAUAACUGCCGCAAUAGGGACCACCCUUGGUCCCUACUACCCUCUCACAGGCACCAUUCGACCUGUCAUUGGUGGCCGGUUCGAGUUGCAUUGCACCCCGGGAAAAGGCCUUCCUAUCAUAAGGGCCUCCAUGGACUGCUCCCUGGAGUCCCUUAAUUACUUGGAGGACCCCGAUGACACGCUUGCCGAACAUCUUGUUCCGAACCCGGAUUCGGCUGAAGCAAUGGAGCAUCCCAUGAUUUUACAAAUUACUUUGUUUAAGUGUGGAGGGUAUGUUCUUGGGUCAGCGGUCCAUAACAUGUUGUGUGAUGGGUUAGGGGCCUCCGAGUUCUUUAAUGGGGUGGCUGAGUUGGCUCGUGGGGCAACUGACAUAAUUCCUUCAGCAACUCGGCUAACGGUUGAACCAGUUUGGGAUCGAGCUACUUUGCUUGGUACAAGAGAACCAUCGCGUGUCGAGUUUCCGUUCGAAGAGUUUUUGAGUUUGGAUAAGGGGUUUUCACCUUAUUUGCAAAAUGUUGGACCGACCAUUAGGGUAUGUUUCCCGGUGUUGGAGAAGUGGUUGGACGGGUUUAAGGAGUACUUAUUCGAGCGGUCGGGUUCGCGGUUUACCACUUUUGAAGCCCUGGGUGCUUUCAUAUGGAGAGCAAGGGUGAAAGCAUCAAAUAUUCCAAAGGACAAAAAAGUGAAGUUUGCAUACUUGAUGAACAUAAGAAAGCUAGUGAAUCCACCUCUACCUAGGGGAUAUUGGGGCAAUGGCUGCAUACAAAUGUACGUUCAACUCACUGCCGGAGAACUAACCCAACGGCCCAUUUGGGAGACGGCCACCUUAAUAAAAAAUAGCAAAUUCAACGCGACAGACGAAUACGUGAAAUCGUACAUCGACUUCCAGAACGAGAACUACGAGAAGGGUAUAACAGCGGGAGAGGGGGUGAGUGGGUUCACUGAUUGGAGACACCUUGGUCAUUCUAAGGUUGAUUUCGGCUCGGGCGGUCCAGUUACGGUGUACCCUCUCUCCAAGCAUUUCCUAGGGAGUGUUGAGCCAUGCUACUUCUUGCCUUAUUCUUCGUCUGAUAAGGAGAAGAAAGAUGGACAUGGGUUUAAGGUUUUGGUUUGCUUGAGAGAAUCUGCUAAAGAUGGGUUUACAGCUGAAAUGGAUAAGUUUAGUAGAUUAGAGUUUGAUUAUUUUUGCUGAUUAUUGUAAGGUUAUACUUGA